UUGUUGGAUUGAGGUGCCGUGUCCUGCUGAUUUUAAUCCUAACUCAUUAAGGAACUGAGAGCAAGUAUCUGGGCACGCUCUCAGGGGAAACCAGAGAAAGUGAUUUGAGAAGAAAGAAACUCUGAAUAAGUCGGCAAACGGAGAUAAGUGGAGUUACUGCACACCCUGAGAAACCGAAGAAAGAAGAAAUCAAACAUUUAGAUUUUCAGUCUCAUGACUACUUUCAUUUGUCGACAGUUCCCUUGAUUGUUUUAAACCUCUGCUUGCAGUUUUAACGUGUGGCCUGUUCAAGCAUGCCCACCAACGGGAUUAACAAGGCUCUAAAGCUGCAGUUUGGUCUGAUUAACUACGAGAACCGCUACCUGACCGCUGAGGCCUUCGGCUUCAAGGUGAAUGCCUCGGGCAUCAGCCUGAAGAAGAAACAAAUCUGGACUUUAGAACAGGAUGAGCAAGAUGGGCAAGUUGUGUUCCUCCGAAGCCACUUAGGACGCUACCUUGCUUCUGAUAAAGCUGGAAAGAUCAUAUGUGGGGCAGAGAAGCCAGAUCCUGAGUGUCGCUUCCUUAUAGUGCCCCAGUCUGAUGGUCGAUGGGCACUGCAAUCAGAACCUUAUCAGCGUUACUUUGGAGGAUCAGCGGACUAUCUGUCCUGCUUUGCUCAAGCCAUUGGGGAACAAGAGCUAUGGGCUGUUCAUCUGGCUUUACACCCACAGGCGAGCCUUCUCAGUGUGGCACGAAAGCGUUAUGCCCACCUGUCUGCUUCCGAUGGAGAAAUCUCAGUAGACAGCAACAUUCCCUGGGGAGUGGACUCUCUGGUUACCUUGGUAUACCUGGAUGGAAAGUACAGUCUGAAGACCUGUGACAGCCGCUUUCUCAGCAAUGAUGGCAAGCUAGUGAAGGAGAACUCCAACACAACCAGCUUCACGCUGGAGCUGAAGUCUGGGAAGCUGGCCUUUAAGGACUGCGAUGGGAAAUAUCUGGCUCCAGUGGGCCCCACAGGAACCCUGCGCUCUGGCCGAUGCUCCAAACCCGGAAAAGAUGAGCUCUUUGAUUUGGAGGAGAGUCAUCCACAAGUAGUCUUCCAAGCUGCCAAUAAAAGAUUUGUUUCAGUCAAGCAAGGAGUGAGUAUUUCAGCCAAUCAGGAUGUGGAAACUGACAUGGAGACUUUCCAGAUGGAGAUAGAUAAGGAGAGCAAAAAGCCAAUGUUCAGGACCAAUGGAGGGUCCUACUGGACUCUAGUGACUCAUGGAGAGAUUCAGUCCACUGCCACAGAUGUAGAGGUCAACACAAUGUUUGAUAUUGAGUGGCGAGGACACAGGGUAGCACUCAAGGCGAGUAAUGGAAAGUACGUGUGCAUAAAGAAAAAUGGGCAGCUCUCAGCGGUCAGCGAUACAGUGGGUGAUGAUGAAUUACUUCUGAUGAAACUCAUCAACCGCCCAAUGCUGAUCCUUCACGGAGAGAACGGCUUUGUGUGUCACCACAAAAACUCCAACACUCUUGAUGCCAAUCGAUCGGUCUACGACAUCUUCUCAUUGCUAUUCAACAAUGGCGCCUAUCACAUUAAAAGCGUGAAUGGAAAGUUCUGGUAUGUCUCAAGCAGUGGCCUCGUCUGUUCAGAUGGAGAAAAGGCAGAGGACUUUUUUCUCGAGUUUCCAGAACACGGACGAGUUGCCAUCAAGGGAUCCAAUGGCAAGUACCUUCGUGGGGACCAGGGAGGCACGCUCAUGUGUGACGGUGCAUCUGUUGAUGCAUCUUCUCUUUGGGAAUACUAAUCUAUUCACAACAGCUCCACACACAGGACCUGUGUUUCAGGUGCAAGACCCACUUUUACCAAGUCAAAUGACGUGGACUGACAUCAUAUCUUGCCUAUUUUUAUACUAGGUACAAUCCAAUGUUUUGAUGUUUUUUGUUUUUUUUUGUAAUUGGAAAGAGGUGAAUACAUUAGAAAAGCUCUGUGGGUCUUUUGUUCUUAAGAAUUUUAGAUGUUUUAAUCUUGAAAGAACUACAAAUGCCAACAUCAAAUGAAACAUGCUGUGUUGAAAUGUGUAAUUUGAUGACCAAGGUUUGGAUGAGUAAGUUUCCCAGUUUUUAUUUCUGUCCAUAUUUAUUUCAUAUGCAGACAAAAGUACAAGCAUUUUAUGUUGAAUGAUUUUACAGGCAUAAAAAGAGUUUCUAUUAAACCCAUUCAGAGGUUGAAAAUUUAAGAAAAUUUCUCCUCAAGCUCUUCAAAAUCCAGACAAAUGAAUGUAAAGAAUAAGUAAAAAUCACUAUUUCUAUUAUUGCUACCCUCCACUAUCCAAAACGAAUGGUUAUUCUAAAGGGUAUCAGAAAGCGAAGACCAAAUCCAAAGCAGAGAGGGAACAAUUCUGAUUAGUGUUAACCAAAACUGAUAUAUAUUUUUAUUUAUUUAUGUAAAGAGCUAGACUUUUAGGUGGCAUAUUUAUUUGGUUUUAUUUUUUCUAAGAAGCAGCAAAGGGAUGCAUCAAUGGUGCUGCGAUUUGUCUUAAUGGAACUUUUAUAGCUUACAUAAAAGACUAAUAAAAAGUGGAUGAAGCAGAGAUGAAAGAAAUUACUCAGAGGACCCCGACAGUGCUGAGUGUAAUAAAUCUACACAUUAAUAUAUUUUAAGAAUAACGUAUUGUAUGUUUGAGGAAACAACAUAAAGGUCAGAAAAUAUCAGACACAUCAGGAACAAAUAAGAAACCACAAAGAGGAGCAUUUCUUUAUUUUGUCCUGUUGAGAACUUAGAAAGUGCUUCUGUGGCGUUUGGCCUUAAUCCACAAUACACUCGUCUUAUGUAGUGCAGUUACAAGUAGUGGUGGCAGAUUUUUGUUAUUUUUAGAAAACACUGCCAAAACACUUAGGAAAGCAUCACAAAAAGAAAUUUUAAAGGAAAGAAAUUUUUUUAAAUUUAACAACAUUUUAGAUGACAGUUUGAAAGCAUAUUUCUCUCAGUUUGUCCAGAACCACAAUGAGUUUCAAAACUCUGCUUCAUGUAUCUUUAAAAAUGCUUGAAAGCCACGUUGAUGGAGUUUAGGGGUGUCCAAGUCAAGAGCAUCCAAAUAAUAUCAAUCAUUCUUAUCUUCUCAGCAGCUCUUCAAACAACCACUCCCUUUGAAAACAUGAUAAAUAGCUUCCUGUUGACCCAUGUCAGAAAAGGCCUUGUGUUCCAACUUAGAAUGAACUGAGCUCAUUAUACUGAGUGCUAAACACAUUGCAAGUGUUACAAACUAGAAUUCAAUGUGAAACACACAGGACAACCUGAAGCUGUGCAAAAAUCUUUGGCAGUUUUCUCCUGAAUAAUAAUAAUGUGUUCACAGUGUUUUAUAUGUGAGUAAUGUGCAGUUAAUAAACAAUUUAUGGUAGUAAGCUCUGAAUUGGUUGGUUAAUCAUACAACUUGUAUUAGCUCCACAGAACACUUCUUAUCUUAUAUUAGAAAGCAUUUAAUAGGUCCAUGGGUACUUGCU